CUCCUGGUACUUUCUGUUUCCAUCAUGAUCAGAAUUGAGUGUCGGUGAGAAUCUGGCUGAAGAGGAACAGCAGCAGCGUUCAGAGAGAUCAUCAUUACUCAUGAGCUGUUCAGCCGCGGGCGAGUCACCCGUCUGAGGCUCCCGGUCAUGGCACUCGUGUACGUCUGGCUUUUGGGUUUGGUGCUGUCAAUGCUGGUGGUGCCAGGACAGCAGCGUGCAGAGCGACUUGCUGUGCCAGAGAUCCUGCGUGUAUACACAGAAGACAGCGACGAUCUCGGCUCCUGGACGAUGCGUGUUGAAUGGAGAGACGGUUCCACCGACAGCGACGGACCACAGAAGGUCACGCACGACGUGCAGAUCUUUCACACCGAGCAGAUGAGACUGGUUCACAACGAGACGAUAGAAGUGUUCGAGACGAACCUGUAUCAGUGGAACUGGACUUCACCCAUACCUCUCCAGUGUACGUCCCAUUCGGUCCGACUGCGCCUCAGAGACGGCGCUCUCACCGGAGCCUGGUCGGAUCUGUACCGUCUCGAUGGAAGUGACAGAAAUGUCACAGAAAAUCAGAUUUAUCCUCAAAAUCACAUGGCUCUGGCUACUGAAGGAAUCGUGUUCUGCUGUAUCUUAAAGCCAGAGCGGGUCCAGAACUUCACUUCAUCAAUUUUUACAAUCAAGAUCAGCAACCAGACGUACGUUACGAGGCCCGUCCGAUAUCAUGAGCCGUCUCCGGAGUACGGAUUUGAUAUAAUCUGCGAUCAAACAGGCGCCACGUUCUUCACCGGCUAUGCUCCAGAUGUCACCAACCUCACAUGUGAGACUCGAGAUUUUCGGUCUGUCGAGUGUCACUGGAGAGUCAGACGACCGACCGGCAUCGCAGAGGAAAUAAAAGAAGUUAAAUAUUCUAUUAAUGGAAGGGACUGUCCAAACGACCGAUGCAUCCUGGACGACAGUAUCGACGACGGUGUGAUGAACUGGACCUUAAGUGCUGAAAAUAUUCUUGGAAAAAUGAUAAUAUUUGACAGAGCCGAUCCCAAGCACAGGGUACGGUUAAGAGCACCAGCGGAUGCCCACACGGUUUUGAUAAGCGCCAGGAACGCCACGCUUCAGUGGAAGUGGGACGGAAAAAUAAACUCCAGGUUCUUGUCGAUGAUCUGCCAAGUGGAGCUUAACGAACGCAUCAUUAACGGAACCUUUAACGGCGUUGGACUGCAGUCAGCGGUGCUGAGAGAUCUCCACCCGUUCACCAAGUACACAGCUCGAGUACGUUGUGCCUCUCGGGAACAUUUUUAUAAAUGGGGAGACUGGAGCGACGCCGCCGGUUUCUCCACCUCAGAAGACGUUUCAGAAGCCGUAGACCUGUGGGUGCAGGUCAUGGGUGGACAGACAUACGUCGUGUGGAAAAGGCUAAACGCAAAUCAGAGUCAUGGGGUUAUUACUGGUUAUGAGCUGGUUUGGGGAAGUUCCAAGAAGCAAGAGCCCAUCAACAAAUCUUCAGAUAAACUCUGCCACGAAAUCGAUCCAGCGAGUGCGGAACAGCAUCGCGUUAUCUCCGUAUCAGCCAGGAACUCCGUCGGUGUCUCUCCUCCAUCCAGCCUCGACGUCUCCAACCUGCAGUCAGAUGCUGCUGUUAACAUCAGUGCCGUCACAGCUCGUAACGGAGGUUUUGAUUUGGUCUGGGAACUGAACCCCGUUUCCAGCUGCGGAUACGUUGUGGACUGGUACCCCACCUACAGAGCGGAACCGUGUGCAAUACAAUGGAAACAGUUUCCUUCUGAAGUCUCCAAAGCCACUAUUUACUCAGAUUUUGAGAAGGGGGUGAGGUACACUCUCUCGGUCUAUGCCUGCACUUCUGGAGUCCCACAGCUACUACAAAGGAGCGAAGGCUAUGUGGAAGAGCAAGUUUCAUCAGGAGAAGUUCAGAAUCUAAGAGUCGAGCAGCAUGGCUCAGAUAUUUUACUUUCCUGGGAUGAUGUUUCUAAAGAACAGCACAGAGGCUUUAUUAAGGGUUAUAAUGUCUCUUACAGUACCGUCAAUGGAAAUAAAACCUAUGUUGUUUUACAAGACCCCAGCGUUCGACAAUAUACAUUUAAUCUUCCCCCUGAUACCUACACAUUUACAGUAAAGGCCUUCACGUCUGCUGGAGAGGGACCAGGAGCUGAGAAUACACUGUCGAUGGAUCCACAGAUUGAACAGAUUAUUAUAAUCAUCAUGGCUGUUAUGGCUUUUACCGCCUGCAUUCUCGCACUUGUUUACAGAAAGAGAAAAUGCUUGGAAUCAGUGCUGUAUCCUGAUAUUCCUAAACCCCAUUUUUCAGAAGUGUGGCUCAAAAAAGGGCUUUCUAAGUGCCAGGUAAUCGAUAAGCUGUUACUUGCAGAAACUGAGGUGGUUAAGCAGAACAAUCCAGAACCUCCACAGGUUAUACUAGAUCUACAGAGAGAACAUGACGAAGCUCAGCUCCUCCAAUAUCCGAAAUCCCAACAUCCACCAACAGAAUGUGAAGAAACCCAGACCAUCUACUGUACAAAAUCUGAGGAUCCACCAUUGCCUGAAGGCUAUGACGAGGUCUACAAGCCUGAAACAUUGGGGCCCAUCACUGUUGACUUUUCCUACACAGAGGUUUCAUGUCUGGGGAUUCAGGACCCCACAUAUAAUCUUACACUGACUGAUUUGACUCUAACUCCUCCAGCUAAUAACAAUGUUGUGUUAGUACCAGGUUACCUGCCUCAAAAACAGAACAUCUAAGUCACCACUUGAUACUCCUGAAAUAAACCUGAACACCACUGAUAACUGGAUUACCAAUACAUUUCACUACAUUCCGACGAAAUGCUGAUCUGAUUUACAAUAUCUGUGUCUGAUUGUUCAUUCUAAAGUAUCUCAGUAAAGUUUAGCAUUAAUGACUGUAAAUUAUUUUUAUACUACACGUAUAAACACUACCUUCAUGUAUACUUUUUGUAGCUGCUGUUUUGUACAUUUUUUAUUA